UUCUCUAUGCUCCCCCUUUUUCGGUUCUGAAGCGCAAAGUGCACGCCGCGAGAGAGAAGGGGGGCGGCGGAGGGGCUUCUUUGCCGCGGCCGUCGUACUCCUGAGCCGCCAUUCCUUUCCGUGGGCUUUUUCGGCCUCUCCUUUCUCUUCGACGACGCUGGGUUAUGACGGCGGCAGGAGGGCGGCUGAGCUCGGUGGCCGAGGUGGAGAUAGACCCCGACGGCAGUUUCAAAUACAUUCUAGUGCGGGUGCAGUUUGGUGCUGACGAAUGCCGCAAUAUCGUGAGGGGCACCGCAGCCGCCGAGUUCCACAAUCACAUAUUUGAUAAGGUAAAUCCUGAAAUGGAAAAGCUUGGUUUUGUGUGCAAGUGUCUUGGAGGAGGCAAAAUUGAGCACAAUAGCAAAGACAGGAAAAUCCGAGUAUUUGGUCUUUCUACAGGAUAUGGUAAAGCUGAUCAUUCCGUGACUGUAGAAAUACUGAAGAGAACCUAUAAGGACUAUGAAAUUAGUUGGUCAGAUGACAAGAAGUGAAUUAAUGCUUUGCAGUCUAAAAUUUAAAGUCAGUUUGUACUUGUUCUUUUCAACGUAAUGUAGACUUAAUUCUGGGCUUCUACCAAAAAGUCUAAUCAGUGUAUUUAGCUUAUGUUGGAAAAAAACCUUGAAUGUGAAUUUGUAGAUGCAUGAUUCAGAAAACAGGUUUUUAUAGUACUUUUGAUCUUGUGUAAUUCCUCUAUAAACUGCAUUUCAAA